UCCUCCUCGGCUCGGGGCGACAGCGGCGGCAAAGCCAAGAGCUGCUCCGAGCUCCGGCAGCUCUAUGGGAGCAAAGGAUUCAGCCUGAGCGGGGUCCCCCAGGCGGAGAUCUCCGGGGAACACCUGAGAAUCUGCCCACAAGGCUACACCUGCUGUACCAGCGAGAUGGAGGAGAACUUUGCAAACAAAAGCCGAAGUGAAUUUGAAGGCAUGAUGAAAGAAGCCAGUCGUUCUGUACAGGUGACCCUAACUUCUCAGUACAAAAGCUUUGAUGGUUAUUUCCAGGAUUUGUUGAACAAGUCAGAGAAGGCCCUCUAUGACACAUUCCCUAGCAUGUAUGGGGAGCUAUACACGCAGAACAUCAAGCUCUUCAAAGACUUAUUCAGUGAGCUGCGACGCUAUUACCGAGGCUCCAAUAUCAACCUUGAAGAAGCCCUCAAUGAGUUUUGGACACGCCUGCUGGAGCGGCUCUUCAAGCAGCUGAACCCCCAAUACCAUAUCACUGAUGAGUACCUGGACUGCAUGGUGAAACACUCUGAGCAGCACAAGCCCUUUGGUGAAGUCCCGAGAGACCUGAAGCUGAAGGCAACAAAAGCCUUCAUUGCAGUGCGCUCCUACGUGCAAGGGCUUAGCGUGGGCAGUGAUGUCAUCAAAAAGGUGUCUCAGGUUUCCCUUGGCCAUGAGUGCACUCGGGCCAUCAUGAAGCUGGUGUACUGCCCACAUUGCCGGGGCAUGUCUAGCGUGAAGCCAUGCAACAACUACUGCCGUAAUGUCAUGAAGGGCUGCCUGGCCAAUCAGGCUGACUUGGACACCGAAUGGAGGAACCUGAUUGAUUCAAUGCUGCUGGUGGCUGAUCGGUUUGAUGGACCAUCCAAUGUAGAUACUGUAAUUGGUACCAUUCACACAAGGAUCGCAGAAGCCAUUUCUAACAUGCAAGAAAACAAAGACUCUAUCACAGCCAAGGUUUUCCAAGGUUGUGGAAAUCCCAAAAUCAGUACGAAAGCAUCCAGUGGAGAAGAUAAGAAAAGGAGGGGAAAAACCGCCCCAGAUGAUAAGCCCUCAGGACUUGGACUGGAGAAGCUAGUGUCAGAUGCCAAAGGGAAGCUGAGAGAUAUCAAGGAUUACUGGGUCAUUCUUCCCAGUGUACUUUGCAAUGAGAGGAUAACAGCUGGCUCAGUGAAUGAGGACAGGUGCUGGAAUGGAAUGACCAAGGGCAGGUAUCUACCGGAGGUGAUGGGAGAUGGUUUGGCCAAUCAGAUUAACAAUCCAGAGGUGGAGGUGGACAUCACCAAACCAGAUAUGACCAUCCGUCAGCAAAUCAUGCAGUUAAAGAUCAUGACCAACCGCCUGCGCAAUGCAUACAACGGGAAUGAUGUGGAUUUCCAGGAUGCAAGUGAUGACAUGAGUGGCUCUGGGAGCGGCGACGGCUGUCCUGAUGAAGUCUGCGGUAAAAGACUUUCUAAGAGCUCCAGCACCAGACAGCCAGGAACACAUGCUAUUCCUAACCACUCUGGACGGGGUAUAAAUGGGGCCAGCAGCAAAUCUUUGCCUUCCUCCUUCCUAAUCUUCCUUUCUAUGGCUGUCAUGGCAAUGCAGUACUUAUGGCGGUAACUUACUUGUACAGCCAUGAAAGAGACUGUGGCUGAGGUCUUAACUUUGCCAAAAAAAAA